GAGCGCCAGUUACCUAGCAGCUGAGAUUGACAGCUGUCGUACGAUAGUUUGUUUGCGAGAUGUCAUCGAAUAUAGUUAACGAAAAAUAUCAAAACGACGGUAAAUUGAACGGUUUGAGUGUGUUUUCCGAUAAGAACUUGGCUCCGAUCAACGGACGGUACAGGAGCAAGAGUUUGUCUAGUGAUAAGUUGAAUAAGACGAACGCUGAUAGGACCGCAAUUCUGGAGGAUGUGGAGACGAACCACGUUUCUGAUAAAUCUGAGACUCCUGGGUGUCUAGUGCAGAACAAAAUUAUGCAACAAGGAUCACACAAUACGAUGAACGGUUUAAAAGACGCGAAAGUGUCGUACGGGACCGACAGCCCGUCGCGAGGUCGCAGGGUGAUAUUCUGCGUGCACGGAAACCCCUCGACGGGGUGCUGCGCCGUUAUGGAGACCAACGCCGACGGAGACCCAGAGAAACGGAAUGGAAGCAUCACAGACGCUGAAAGCACUGGUGUGUCACCACAAAAGGUUCUCGAGCAAGCAACUCGCGCAGUUCACGAAAAAUACAACUUCUUCGAAAUGACGUUACAGAUUGAAGAAUUCAACGACACAAUGGAAGAAUGCAGCCAAUGUAAGAUGCCACAAGCUUGAGGCGUUCCACUGGUCUUUCUUUGACUGUGACUAGUUUCUUGUAAAUAUUUGAAUACCAAUAUUCAAUUAAUGUGGCAGGUGUAAAUAAUAGAGUAAAGAAAGCCUUAAAUAUUGUUUUGUUGUCGAUGAUUAACGCGAUUCGGCAGUACUUAAAAUUUGUCUUUUAAAAUUAAUAGGGUGAAAAAGAAUGACAAUAAUUUUAGGAUUUUAAAAUAUAUGCUCAACAGAAUAUCUUCGUUCCAUUUUACAUGUAAGUUAUUUUAAAUAGUUAGAAAUGAGCAACAGAAAUGGAUAAUGAAUUACGUGCAACUUGCACAUAAUCUACACCCUUUUUACACCUGUCACAUUAGAACGUUACACAACUUCAAUGUCGACAGAAUAUGCAACGGUGUGUCGGCUCACUGAUUGUUGUGCAGACUGUGGUACUUAAAUGAAUUUUCGUGUUUAUAAAUUUGCUGGAUCGCAAUAUAUGAGUAGUUUUUUGCUACGGAAACUUUAUGAUAAUUGAACAGAGUGAACUGCAGGUUUGCACUAGAAGUUUUUAGUCCUCCACAGCGAAAAUGACAGGAUGUGUUAAUAACGACCAUUGGGGUUUACUGUAAUUUAAUGGGUUAGAACCAUUAUCUAAAUACUCGAAUGUCUGCAGACUGCGGUAGCGAUGUAUACUGCCUUUAAAAGCCGAAAAGCGCUAUCUGAAUCGGAGUAAGUUUUGAGAAAAUCGACAUUUUAUGAAUUGUAUUUUAGCACUUUCAAAAAUGAAACUUAUUUAUACAUAUUUUCGACUAAUAGAUUUAUUGACAUACAUAAAUUAUCAUUAAAUUGUACCAUUGUACCUAUUUUGUGAGAUACUAUUACGAUAUUUUGAUUAUAAAGGAAGCCGCCAAAUCUAUUAGUAGUUUAAGAAAAAAUUGAGGUAUAAAAAUACUUCUUAGUGGUUUUUUAAAUGUUUUAAGUUAGAUAGCGCUAUUUCUAUUCUACCAUUAGAUGCGAAAUUAUUAUAACUAUUGAAUGGUAUUUAAGAAACUAAAAAGGCGUAUCUCAGAGAUAGCGCCUUUCGACUUCGCAGAACAGUACAGGUGAUUGUCGUCUACCUAUCAAUGUAUCGACUAUACAGGGUUAUUUUGUAAAAUACUGAAGUUUUGUAGCAGUAGAGCUCCUUGUGAAAGAGUUCGUCCAGGGAAAUACUGCCACGUCACAUAUUUCUGCCGCCAAGCAGUGACCGUACCUGAGAAGCAUUACACUGCAAGCGCCAUUAUUGUAAUUUUACGGAGGAAGCGAUAUUGUGUCGAAAAGCAGUUUGUACGCCAAUUAGGGUAGUUCGAAAUGUUAUUAAAUCUCAAUUAGUUUUAUUUCAAGCUAUUCUAAACGUUGUUA